AUGUCUGCCGUAGAGAGACUUUCCCCGCCUCGUCAGCGGAAAUCGGAACCAUCGAGGCCGCCUGCGGGGCAAGGAUUGAGAGAUCCGAAAAGCAAAGAGGCGCGCUCCCGAGGUCAAAAGGAGGAUCCAAGAUUAGUGGGACCAUGGAAACUUGGAAAAACGAUCGGAAAGGGGUUUUCUGGACGCGUUAAAAUUGCCAAACAUACCGUCACCGGUCAUCCAGCAGCAGUCAAGAUUGUGCCCAGGCAUCUGCUUCCCAAUAGCCGCAUGAGUAUCAAUCAGGCGGGCGCUCAUGCCGACAAGAGACUUCUAGGAAUCGAAAGAGAAAUAGUGAUCAUGAAGCUGAUCGAUCACCCAAAUGUCAUGAGACUCUAUGAUGUUUAUGAAAACUCGCAUGAGAUAUAUCUUGUCAUGGAGUACGUAGAAGGUGGAGAGUUGUUCGAAUAUCUGGUCAGUCGCGGUCGACUGUCCGAAGACGAAGCACUCAACUACUUCCAGCAGAUAAUUCGAGGCGUUGAUUACUGCCACCGGUUCAAUAUUUGCCACCGAGACUUGAAGCCUGAGAAUCUGCUUCUCGACAAGGCCAACAACAUCAAGAUAGCUGAUUUCGGUAUGGCAGCAUGGGAAGCGUCUGGGAAAUUGCUCGAAACCUCAUGUGGAUCGCCCCAUUAUGCUUCCCCCGAAAUCGUUGCUGGAAUAAAUUACCACGGCUCUUCAUCAGAUAUAUGGUCAUGUGGUGUCAUCUUAUUUGCCCUGUUGACGGGUCGACUUCCCUUCGACGAUGAAAAUGUCAGCGACUUAUUGACAAAAGUAAGAAUCGGGGUGUUCAACAUGCCUUCAGAUAUCUCUGGAGCCGUCCAAAAUUUGAUACGGGGGAUGUUAACCGUAGAUCCUACGAAACGUCUUACGAUGGAAGAAAUACAAUCACAUCCUUGGUUUACACGCAUCCCUCCCAAACCCCAGCCCUCGCACAUGAUCGCUCCAACUCGAGAUCAGAUGUCUAAAUCAUUUGGCCACCCAGACGAGUUAGAUCCCGACAUCGUUUCCAACCUUCAAACGCUGUGGGGUGGUGCCGAAAAAAAAUUGAUCGUGGAAGCCCUAGUUACCACCGAGCAAUCUUGGGAGAAAGUUUUCUACUUUCUUCUAGAAAAAUACAAACAGCAUCAUUUGGAUAACUUCGGCGAUGAUACAGUUGACUUUGCCACAUCUGCAGCGCCAACCGCUAGCAAUGGCAAAUCGAAAUCGAAGAAGCCUCCCCGUGAGCACAUUGUUAGGACAGGUGCAGGUGCAGUUCGCAGUCGCUCUCGACAGUCUAUUGCCAGUUUAAAUCGCCGCUCAGUCACUCCGCGUGUCGGAUCGAAUGGCACUUCGCAUCUCGUUGCUACUCGACCUGCCCCUUCGACUCCAGGGACGGUAUCAGAGACACUUGCAGAGGUCAUUGAAGCCGUUGAAAACAAUCAAGGAGUAGGAUCAUCAUCACCUCACACCAUCUCUGUGCCCAAAGAUCACGUCGAGCCAAUUCCGACGACUCCCCGAAGCCUAAGGCCCCAGCCAGAAGUACCUCCGCCGAAUAACCAACCACAUUCAGCUGUAAAAUUCAGUCAGAACUCCUCCUCAACACCAAAGAGAGGUCCUGAUCAAAUUGUAGCUUCGGCUGUCCCACGAAUUCUCCUACAAGAGGCCACCCCCUCACCCGCUCAUCGAAAGCAACGCAAUCCAGUGGAAGUUAAGCCAGACUCUGUCACUCCCAAACACAAUUUUUCCACAAGCCCCAAACCAAUCACGUCGCCCACAGCUUCCAUAAGAAUACCACAAACCGAAGACCCGGCGAUGCGGAGGUUUUUUCAUGAUAUUGUGGAUCAGCUCCAAACUAUGUCAAAUCGCUCUCCCAACUUACAUGAAGGGGCUCUUGGAGGUUCAGCGCCGACUUCACCGUACUUGGAUUCAGAUGGAUUCGAAUCCUGCUCAGGAGUCAAUCAAUUUGAAGAUGCCGAAGAGAUUGACUCUGCUGGAUUCGAGAGCUACGAGCAAGAGAACUCUUCCAGCGGAUCGCUUUCUUAUUCGCAGCGUCAACCUGAUGGCAAACGGACUUCAGGCUUUGUCUUGGUUGAUGACUCUUCCCGAAUUCCCAGCGCCGUCAACCAAAACUCACGAAUUCAAAAACUUUCCAUACUCAGACCUCAUCGCAUCCAAGGGGCUCGCGCCCAAACUCGUGCUAUGGCCAAACAGCAAGGUAUGUCUGCCUGGAACGCCGAGCAAGAAUCUGACAAUCUUCACGAGAAGACGUCUACUCGAGGCGUAUCCUCGUCUCAAAGAUCCAAGAAGAGUACAAAUCUUCCUGGCAACAAGGAAAAUUCACGCCUGUCAACCUACCGACAUGCACCGCCAUCCAAAGUUAACAAGGGCAAAGGCAAAGCGGCAUUAGGAUUGACUAUCGAACCCGCCGCUCACUAUGCUCCCGGGUUUGAUCAUUCGAGCGAGGGAAGUCGGAAAUCUAGCCGAUCAAGUCGCAGAAGCAAAGGCUCCCCUUCACCGCUUUCCCCUGCCUCGUCAGCAUUUACGGAUGACGGCGGACUCAUGAGUCCUAAAGUCUCUUGGUUUACUAACCUAUUCUCAUGGAAACAAUCGAACUAUCGCCUCAUGUCUCUGGAGAGCUGUGAAGAUAGCAGGGUAGAAGCAAAAGGCCUCCUCGAGGAUCUGGGCUGUCACGUCUUAUUGGAAAGAUCUGACACCGGAGAAGUGCUGAGGUGUUCCUUCGAAGAUCAUUCGGGCGGCUCACUUCGUCCGGUUAAAUUCAAGGUGGAGUUCAUCCGGCAAAGUGGCUCAACUCACGAAAUCCAAACCAUUUCAGGAACAACUCAUUUCGCCCCGAAAAGUCCGUUGACCUAUCAAAGCUGCAUGUCAUUAAUGAUUGAAAAGGGCAGUGCCCCUUCGUUCAAGUCGAUUUGCAAUGCUCUGAGGAAGGUUUGGGAUUUGGAUUUGCCUAAUCAUCCACCUGUGGGAUUAGGUGUGUGUAUGCAGCCUCAGCAUAGCGCAUCGCCUACUCCAAGCGGAUCUGGGUCGAAGGCUAGGGGUAAUUACUGA